UAGCGCUUUGGCUCAUUAUUUAAGACAUUAACUAAAGGCCACACUCCCUCACUAUCCAAAACGCAAGGAGCCCGCAGUCUGCAGUUGUGCACCCAAUGGCCGAGCGCGUCCUUCUCACGUCAGCAAUGGCAACUGCUUCCAUGGCCUCUCUCACCGCCGCCACUUCUCGCCUCCUCCCGUCCUCUAUCGCAGUCGCCACUCCAACCACCGCUUCUUUAUCGCUAAAAUGCUUCCGAUCCUCACUUUUUCUCUCUACGGUCUCCCUCUCUCAGAAGAGAGCGGCGGUUCCUCUGUUGAGCCGAAGCUUUAGCUCAGUGGUGUCGCCGAAAUGCUUCGCUUCGAAUCCCGAUCAACUGAGGAGUGCGAAAGAAGACAUCAAAGAGCUACUUAAGACUACAUUUUGCCAUCCUAUUUUGGUGCGCUUGGGUUGGCAUGAUGCUGGUACUUAUAACAAAAAUAUUGAGGAAUGGCCAAUAAGAGGGGGAGCUAAUGGAAGUUUAAGAUUUGAGGUUGAACUGAAACAUGGAGCAAAUGCUGGUCUGGUAAAUGCACUUAAACUUCUACAGCCAAUCAAGGACAAAUAUUCUGGUGUGACUUAUGCAGAUUUGUUUCAGUUGGCUAGUGCUACUGCUAUUGAGGAGGCUGGGGGCCCCAAAAUUCCAAUGAAAUAUGGAAGAGAGGAUGUCUCUGCACCUGAUCAAUGCCCAGAAGAAGGGAGGCUUCCUGAUGCUGGUCCUCCUUCCCCUGCUGGUCAUUUACGUGAUGUCUUCUACAGAAUGGGACUGAAUGAUAAGGAAAUUGUUGCACUUUCUGGUGCACACACAUUGGGACGUUCUAGGCCAGAGCGCAGUGGCUGGGGAAAGCCAGAAACAAAAUACACUAAAGAUGGGCCAGGUGCCCCUGGAGGUCAAUCAUGGACUGUGAAGUGGCUGAAGUUUGACAACUCUUACUUUAAGGAUAUAAAAGCAAAAAGGGAUGAAGACCUCCUAGUUUUGCCCACAGAUGCUGUUCUUUUUGAAGAUCAAUCCUUUAAGGAAUAUGCUGAGAAAUAUGCUGAAGACCAAGAUGCAUUUUUUAAAGAUUAUGCAGAAGCCCAUGCCAAACUCAGCAAUCUUGGAGCAAAAUUUGAUCCUCCUGAGGGUUUUUCAAUUGAUAGUAAUCCCACAGAAGCUCAACCAGAGAAAUUUGUAGCAGCAAAAUACUCAACUGGAAAGGAUUAAAAUACAAGUUAUCUUUUCUUUUGAUUACACAAGAUGAAGCUAUUACCAAAUCUUUUGUACCCAAAUCUAAAAACUCUGAAGUCUUUAUGGGGGAGAGAAGUAAAUUCAAUAAAUGUUCUGUAUUUGAAUUGAAUUGCAGAGGGAGCUGUCAGAUGCCAUGAAGCAAAAGAUUCGUGCAGAAUAUGAAGGUCUUGGGGGAAGCCCAGAUAAGCCUCUUCCAACAAACUAUUUUCUCAAUAUCAUGAUUGUAAUUGGUGUUUUGGCACUUUUAACAUCUUUGAUUGGAAACUAAUAAUCCCAACAUGCGACCUUUAAAUACUGUAUAGUGUCAUUGUACACUAACCCUUCAUAUUUUACCAAGUAAUUGGGUUUUGGAAAAGGUAAGUAACGUUUUGUGGAAAAUAUAAAUGAUUUUUGUUUA